GUUGUUUUGGAGGAGAGCCGAGCGAGAUCUCACUGUGUGGCGGAUUUACAGCGGGAGAGGAGCUGAAUAAACACUCUGUAAUCACGGCGGUUCGGUGGAAGGCUGAGGCCUGUGUAACGUUACCGUAACGUCGCCUCAGCUAUCCAGCUAACUUUAUCUAGCUGCACUGAAAUCACAGUAAGCUACACACAGCUAGCUAACAGCUUCACCUUCUACUCACCACUUAUUAGCUUAAGCCUGUCUGAGCUUCUCUGCCCAGAGUGCGAGUGUCCGAGCCGUGUGGAGGGAGACGCGGAGAGAGACGCGGAGAGAGACGCGGAGAGAGACGCGGAGAGAGACGCCAUGAUGGCGGAACAUUCAGACAGUCAGGAGUUUGCAGAGCUCUGGCUGCAGAACCUCAUAGUUCCUGAUGACAGCUCAUGGGAAAACGAAGAGCCCAUCCCUGAGGACCUGCAGGACGUUCCUUGUGAGCUUCUGCUCACUGACAUGUUACAGCCUCAGUCCUCUUCAUCUCCUCCGACCUCCACCGUCCCCGUCACCUCCGAUUACCCCGGACUCCACAACUUCUCCCUGCACUUCCAGGAGUCCAGUACGGCCAAGUCCGUCACCUGCACAUUUUGUCUCUGCAGCACUUCUACUAUUUCUGACUCUGUGAGGAAAACGUUUCUGAAACACACACGCAGUGAUGUCAGUGUGCUGAGCCCCGCUGUGUACUCUCCAGAGCUGAAUAAACUGUUCUGUCAGUUGGCGAAGACGUGUCCUGUGCGGAUGGCGGUGAGUUCUUCUCCCCCGCCGGGUUCCGUGCUCAGAGCCACCGCCGUGUACAAGAGAUCAGAACACGUGGCCGAGGUGGUGCGCCGCUGUCCUCACCACGAGAGGAGUAACGACAGCAGUGAUGGCCUGGCUCCUCCCGGUCACCUGCUCCGUGUGGAAGGGAAUUCCCGAGCGGUUUAUCAGGAGGACGGAAACACACAGCGCCACAGUGUGGUGGUGCCCUAUGAACCCCCUCAGGUGGGAUCAGAGUGCACCACUGUGCUGUAUAACUACAUGUGUAACAGCAGCUGUAUGGGGGGAAUGAACCGCCGCCCCAUCCUCACCAUAAUCACACUGGAAGCCCAGGAUGGUCAGCUGUUGGGCCGGCGCACGUUUGAAGUGCGUGUGUGCGCGUGUCCCGGGCGUGACAGAAAAACAGAGGAGAACAACUUCAGGAAGCAGCAGGAGCCCAAAACCUCGGGCAAAACCCUCACCAAGCGCAGCAUGAAGGAUCCUCCCUCUCACCCUGAGGCCAGUAAGAAAUCCAAGAACAGCAGCAGUGAUGAUGAGAUUUACACACUACAGGUGCGUGGGAAAGAGCGCUAUGAGUUUCUGAAGAAGAUUAAUGAUGGUCUGGAGCUCAGUGACCUGGUGCCCCCUGCUGACCAGGAGAAGUAUCGCCAGAAACUUUUGUCUAAAACCUGCAGGAAGGAGAGAGACGGAGCUGCAGCGGAGCCCAAACGAGGGAAGAAACGACUGGUGAAGGAGGAGAAGAGCGACUCAGACUGAGAGAGGGAGAGAGAGAUCACUUACUUUCUGUCCAGAGGAAAAAAAUUAAACCUUUAUCCCUGUGUGUGUGUGUGUGUGUGUGUGUGUGUGUGAGUGUGAGUGUGUGAGAUAGUGUGUGUGUGUGUGUGUGUGUGUUCAGCCCCGUGUUCUGAUUGGUGUUUGCGUUAGAGACACGCCCACAGUUCAGCUGCAGCUCAGAGUGAAGGUGGAAUUAGCAAACAGCACGAUGCUAAACUGUUGGCUGUACACUUCCAUUACCUGUUAGCUACAUUAGCUCUGUAGCUCCACUUUAUAUGUAGAGUAACAGAGACACGGUUGUUCUCACAGUGUUGCGCACACACACACACACACACACACACACACACACACACACACACACACACGUUCCUCACGCGCUGAACUGAAUUGUGGGAUUGAAACACUGCCUACCGAGGCGUUUUCCUGCCGUUAUACUGAAAUACGUUAAUCUGAUCAUCAGCAGAUCUAGCACCUGUUCUCUAACAGAUUUCCUCACUGUGUUUUAUAUCAUGUGACUGAUCAGGUUUAAUUCUGUCAGGAAAUUUAAAAUGACGUCUGAAACACUUCUGUGUGACGUCAGUAAACUGUUCACGUUCUCCAUCAUCACUGACCAGCACAACCUGCUCCUGAUUGGUCGAGUCAUAAUCCUCGGUUGGCCAUUACGCUGUCACUGAUUGUUAUAUAAACACUUGAUCUGUGUAUUUUAACGGUGCAUGAAAUAAAAUCUCACUCAGGGCACCUGAUAAUCUUGAUUUAAAACUUUUAUAUAUUUUUCUCUUUAUGGAAUUUUCACUCACUGAUGUUUUCAUGUUGUAUUUCAUAUUGCAGUCAUUUCUCAUUUAUAUACGGUUUUAUAUACACACUUGUAGUUUAGAUGAGAUCUGUACUUUUACAAAAAAAAAACAAACUCAGAAACAUAAUAAAAUUUGUUCUUACUUUUUCUUAAAA